UUUGAUUACCCUAUGAAUCAAAUGAGUGUGUGGUUGAUGUUGGCUAAUGAAGGAAUGGUUAAAAAUGAAACCUUUUGUGCCACCACGCCUUCAGCCAUGGUAUUUGGAAAAUCAGAUGGAGAUCGAUUUGCAGUAACUCGAGAUUUGACCCUUAAACCUGGAUAUGUGCUACAGUUCAAGCUAAACAUAGGAUGUGCCAAUCAGUUCAGCAAUACUUCCCCAGUUCUUCUUCAGUACUCUCAUGAUGCUGGAAUGUCUUGGUUUCUGGUGAAAGAAGGCUGUUUCCCAGCUUCUACAGGCAAAGGAUGCGAAGGGAGCUCCAGGGAACUGAGUGAGCCCACCAUGUAUCAUACAGGGGACUUUGAAGAGUGGACAAGAAUCACCAUUGUUAUUCCAAGGAAUCUUGCAGCCAGGUUCAGUAUUCUAGAAUUAAUUCAUAGCAUCUUUGCACCGGAUGGCAUAGGUUACACAAAGAUGGUUAUCUUUAACUCUAUCAUUUAA